AUGACUUCACCAUCCGCACCGAACGACUCGUCAAAGCUGCCUCGUACGACGAUCAACGACUUGCCGACCGAAGUCAAGACCCGCAUCGCCGAAUACUGCGACGAGCAGGACGAGCGAGCGACGAAGUGGCUCACGCGUCUGACCCUCCUCCAGAGGGCCGGGCCUAUCGAGCUGCGGAGACGCCUCGAGCAUGCGCUGCCCGAGACUGCAGACCGGCACCAACGCUCGGUUGGCCGGCUGUUCUGCCUGUCGAAGGAAUGGUCGCAAAUUGCCGCGCCUUUUCGGUUUAAGAACCUCUCGACACUACGGAUGAACGACCCAGUCUUCCAGUACGUCGUCGGACCGCUGCGAAGCCAACAUUUCACGACCCUCGCUCUCGAAACGACGCCGAAUGAGCAGUCCGAGGCAGUUCUGCUCGCCAACCUCGCUCUGCACAACCUGAAGGAGGUCAGGGUCGAUGGCGCCUGGUUCAAGAACCUCGUCAACCCAUCUUACACUAUCAAGCCUUUCUCUCGCGCGGUCCCCGGCAAGCUCAUCGGCAAGGCCGAAUUUCUACGCCUUUCCGUUGUCGACGGCAUUCAUGUCGAGGAGCUCGUCGAGCAGACACCUUCCCUGCGAAGGCUGAGCCUAACACUCGACGCGUCGUCCGUCUGGUCCCGCACGGCCCUUUCCCGCGUUCUUGCUGCCUGUCCACACCUCGAAGAGCUCGACAUCUUCAGCAUCACAGAGUACGGAUUUGAUUUCACGCCAGUACUCGCUACGCGGCAGGACAUCCGCGACAAGUGGCCUGCGCUAUGCAGCCUCUCGUACGAAGGCGGCAUCAGCGGCUCGUUCCUUGCCUUCGCCGAGUACUUCGGCAACUCGCUUCAGCACUUGACUAUCCAUGCGCGAGUAUUCGAACAUGCCGACAUUGGCCCCGAACUCGUCAACGAAUGCUUCCCGCGCCUGACAAAACUCGCGCUCCAAGGAAGCGACGCCAGCAGCGGUCCCAUCCUCGAUUCACUUCGACCGAGGCAUGCUCCACAACUGCAAACGAUUCUCUACGAGGAGUCGGAGCGGAAUUGCGGCAUCAAGGGCUAUUCGACCUUACUCUCGAGCAUCGACCAGUCCGCAACGACCUCUCCCUCUCAACUGCCGCCUUCACCUUCCACAUCCAUCUCGCCUACGAUGUUUGGCUCGCGGAAGAUCACCAGUCCUUCGCCGAGUACUCCAAGUCAAGCGGACUCGCGGUCUGUCUUUCCUGCGACGACGGUCUUUCUCGCGACGACGAACCGUCGUUCGCAACUUCGCCGAGAUGUUGAGCGGACGCUGCAAUACCUGGCGGAGUCGAGGGAUCAGGCGGAAAGGUCGGGCAACGUUGAAGACUGGGCGAGGUUGUCGGAACUUCUCAACAGUGCGGAGCUUGACAGGGCAAUCAUGGCUCUCUAG